AUGUUCAAGUUCGCGGGGUCAGCUUCGCCACGGUUUCCUUGCUCCCAGAUGCUUGUGAAUAACCUCCAGCGUUCGAGUGGAUUCACUGCCUAUUCCACGUUUGUCAAAACAAUGGCGCGAUGUCCAGUGUCCUAUCUAUUCUUCGGGAUCAUCGGCAGGGUCGCUUUUUCUGGUACUGUGGGAACUGCAAAUCCGGUCGAAUCUCACUGGCCUCUUGAGGUGCACAGCUUGGAUGCCACUACAGGUCGCCUCCUCAACGCCUUCAGCCGGUUUCUGGACGAUCCAACUAGAGAAUCGAAUCAGUCGCAGUUCACCCAGGAACUCACUGAUGCAGCCCUGCGAAUAAUUUACAACGUACCUCCAUCGUUGAUCAGCCAAAAGGUUGAAGCGCAAACGGAAGCAGCGGCCAGAACUAUGUUGCUCCCGAAUCCUGAUGGCGAAGGGUGUUCGGCUCGAGACUAUUCGCUGCUGUGCCCAGAUGACUUUUACGACACUGGAGACGGAAAAAGUUGCAAGGCAUUGCCAAGUUACGCAGGCAACUGUGAUAAGACGCAGGAUUUGGAGAACGCCACGCCUAUGGACAAACGAGCAUUUGCUGCCCGAUGUGGAGCGAACUGGCCAUGUCGAGAGGCAUGUAGUCAAGAAUACAGUUUCUUGUGUCCACAAGGGUGGGCCAAUGCUGAUGGGCAGUGUUCGGCGCCUCAUACAUACAAAGGAGACUGUGUUCGACAAAAGGACUUCCGUCACUACGAUGAACCUUCGAAAAGAAAAUGGUAAGCCUCAGGACGUCCCGGGCAACUUCAUUGUGCA